GUCCAGGCUGAUGCUCCUACCAAUAAAACACUGGCUGGGCUGGUGGUGCAGCUGCUGCAAUUCCAGGAAGAUGCCUUUGGAAAACAUGUCACCAAUCCUGCCUUCACAAAGCUUCCUGCAAAGUGCUUCAUGGAUUUCAAAGCUGGAGGUACAUUAUGUCACAUUCUUGGUGCUGCUUACAAAUACAAGAAUGAACAGGGCUGGCGGAGGUUUGACCUGCAGAAUCCGUCCCGGAUGGAUCGAAACGUGGAGAUGUUCAUGAACAUUGAGAAAACACUAGUGCAGAACAACUGUCUGAGCAGACCAACCAUCUACCUCAUUCCAGAUAUAGAGCUGAAGUUGGCCAAUAAACUGAAGGAUAUUGUCAAACGUCACCAGGGAACAGUAACUGAAGAGAAAUCAAAGGCUACACACCAUGUUUAUCCAAGUCCUACCUCAAUGGAUGAUGAUGAAUGGUUGAGACCUGUGAUGAAGAAAGACAAGCAGGUGCUGGUACACUGGGGCUUUUUUCCAGACAGCUACGACACUUGGGUUCACGCCAACGAAGUAGAUGCUGAAAUUGAGGAUCCUCCCAUUCCUGAGAAGCCCUGGAAGGUUCAUGCCAAGUGGAUUUUGGACACAGAUGUGUUCAAUGAAUGGAUGAAUGAGGAGGACUAUGAGGUAGAUGAGAACAGGAAAUCAGUGAGUUUUCGACAGAGAAUCUCCAUGAAGAAUGAAGAGCCCGUGCGGAGCCCGGAGAGGAGAGACAGGAAAGCAGCAGCAAGCACAAGGAAGAGGAAGCAUUCUCCUUCUCCACCCCCCACUCCUGUGGAGUCUAGAAAGAAGACAGGGAAGAAAGGACAAGCAGCCUUAUAUGGGAAAAGAAGAGGGCAGAAAGAAGAAGAUGAGCAGGAAGAUCUUACAAAGGACAUGGAGGAUCCCACACCAGUACCUAAUAUAGAAGAAGUGGUACUUCCCAAAAAUGUGAACCCAAAGAAAGACAGUGAGAACACGCCUGUCAAAGGAGGAACUGUGGCAGACCUUGAUGAACAGGAUGAGGAGACUGUGGCAACUGGAGGAAAGGAAGAUGAAGAUCCCAACAAAGGUGAUCAGAGUCGGUCAAUUGAUCCAGGUGAAGAUAAUGUCACAGAACAAACCAACCACAUCAUUAUUCCCAGCUACGCAUCUUGGUUUGACUACAACUGCAUUCAUGUGAUUGAACGUCGUGCUCUUCCUGAAUUCUUCAAUGGAAAAAAUAAGUCCAAGACUCCAGAAAUAUACCUGGCUUACCGCAACUUCAUGAUUGACACCUACCGCCUGAACCCGCAGGAGUACCUGACCAGCACUGCCUGCAGGAGGAACCUGACUGGGGACGUGUGUGCUGUCAUGAGAGUACAUGCUUUUCUGGAGCAGUGGGGUCUCAUUAACUACCAGGUGGAUCCAGAAAGUCGCCCCAUGGCCAUGGGACCUCCCCCUACCCCCCACUUCAACGUCCUGGCUGACACCCCCUCGGGGCUCAUGCCUCUCCACAUCCGCACUCCGCAGAUUCCAGCUGCUCAGCAGAUGCUGAGUUUUCCUGAGAAAAACAAAGAGAAGCCUACUGACCUGCAGAACUUUGGCCUUCGCACGGACAUUUACUCAAAGAAGACUUUAGCAAAGAGUAAAGGUGCAAGUGCUGGAAGAGAAUGGACGGAACAAGAGACUCUGCUGCUCUUAGAGGCUCUGGAGAUGUACAAAGAUGACUGGAACAAAGUCUCGGAGCACGUCGGGAGCCGCACCCAGGACGAGUGCAUUCUCCAUUUCCUGAGGCUCCCCAUUGAAGACCCUUACUUGGAGAACUCAGAUGCAUCUCUGGGCCCCCUGGCUUACCAGCCUGUGCCUUUCAGCCAGUCUGGCAACCCCGUGAUGAGCACUGUUGCCUUCCUGGCCUCGGUGGUGGAUCCCCGGGUGGCAUCAGCUGCAGCAAAGGCUGCCUUAGAGGAGUUCUCUCGAGUCCGAGAAGAGGUGCCCCUGGAGCUGGUGGAAGCUCAUGUCAAGAAAGUACAGGAAGCAGCAAGAGCCUCUGGGAAGGUGGAUCCAACGUAUGGAUUAGAGAGCAGCUGCAUUGCUGGAACAGGCCCGGAUGAGCCAGAGAAAAUCGAUGGAGCUGAAGAAGAAAAAAUGGAAACAGAGACAGAUGGGCAGCAGUCUGAGAAGGUUGAGAGCAAAGCAGAGAGUGAAAUUGAAGAAGGUGAUAAAGUACAAGAAGGAGAAAAUGAGAGAAAUCCAGAAAAAGAGCAAGACAGUGAAGUGGCAGCAGACCCCAAACCAGAAGAAAAGGAGGCAGAAGAGAACAAGGAGAACGUUGAUGCAAGCAAAGACAAAGAGAAUGAGGCUGGAAAGAAGAAAGUGGAACAUGAAAUCUCGGAAGGAAACGUCGCUACAGCUGCAGCUGCUGCCCUGGCCUCAGCUGCCACCAAAGCAAAGCACCUGGCAGCAGUGGAAGAAAGAAAGAUCAAGUCCCUGGUUGCCCUUCUGGUGGAAACACAGAUGAAGAAGCUGGAGAUAAAACUUCGCCAUUUUGAGGAGCUGGAAACCAUUAUGGACAGAGAGAAGGAGGCACUGGAGCAGCAGAGGCAGCAGCUUCUGACCGAACGCCAGAACUUUCACAUGGAGCAGCUGAAAUACGCGGAGCUGAGGGCGCGGCAGCAAAUGGAGCAGCAGCACAGCCAGAACCCCCAGCAGCCUCACCAGCACCCCGGGGGGCCUGGCAUCACCCCCCUGGGGGCACCAGCACAUCCAGGCUUACUGCCCCACCAGCAGCCCCCGCCCUACCCCAUGAUGCACCACCAGAUGCCACCGCCUCACCCGCCGCAGCCCGGUCAGAUGCCAGGACCUGGCUCCAUGAUCCCUGGACAACCCAUGCCAGGCCGGAUGAUGCCAAGUGUGUCAGCCAACAUCCAUCCAGCCAGUGGUGGUCCCCCCCCACCUGGCAUGUCCCCCAUGUCAGGGAAUCUCAUUGGACCUCGUGUUCCUCUCGCAGCUCCCAACGGCAUGUAUCCCCCUCCGGCCCAGCCGCCCCCACCAGCAGAAGGGGUGACCCCCCCUCCAGCAGGAGCCCCGCCGGCCUCGGCCGCUCCCUAA